UGUUCGUGCUGUGUAGAAGCAUUAAAAUCGAGUUUUCUGUUAUUUUAUGCAGUACGCUUUUUUGAUUUCUGUUGGUUGAACCUUGCCUAACGUUUUUCUCCCCGUCAGUUCCAAUCUGAUAGGAGAGUGUGAAUGCUGCAUUAGGAAGAGAAGUGUGCGUGUUUUAUCCGUUCUAGUGCUCUGAACUUCAACGUCAGACAACGAGAAACCUAAGGCUAAGUGAAGGAAAAAAAAAAGUGAUUUCGAAUUUCGAACAAAACUGUUUCUUCUCCGGCAGCAGUCGCGCGGCGCACCAGCAGCAGCUGUCAACCUAAUUUUGUGGAUAUCAAGAAAGUAUAAUUUUGAAACUCUGACUUUUCGGCAUAUACAAGUUAUACCGGCGAAGUCACAUCCAGAACGCGAGAACACGAGAGCGAAUCCAUCAACUGCGGUUUUAAUUAUUAUUAUUAUUCUAAACCAGACAGGCAGGGUCUAAACUCUCGCGAACCAUGGGUAAAGCACAGAGCAAACGUUCGGUGGACAUCACGACAGACCCGUCCAAGGACGGCGGAAUCACAGAAGGCACCGGCAAGCUGGAGAAAAUUGAAGACAUCGAUCAGAUCAAAUCACAGCCCAACGGCGACGCACAGCACACUGAAGGUGGCGGUUCGGAAAAGAAAGUCGAAAGCGAUGCGGCCGAGAAUGAAAAGGACGUCAGCACAGAGAAAGAAAGCAAAGAUGGCGGCGGCGAUGGAACCACGGUGGAGGCAACAGCAGUCGCCACCAGUUCCCCGAUUUCGACAGACAAAGCCGGUAUCACCGAAACGUCCGACUCGGAUGCUGCCAACAAAACUCUGGAAAAUGGCAGCAAUGACGACACGAUAAACGACAGCAAGGAGGACAGCAAUAAAAAACCGAAAAAGGUAAAAAAGAAAUGGUCCUUGCGGUCGAUCUCGUUCAGCAAGAAGGACAAACAGAAGCCCGCCAAGAAGGAGAAAGCCGACGAGGAGAAGGUGAACGGCGAGUGCGAGAAAGUUCCUGAAGAGCCUGUUGAAGAUGCUGCUACUGCUGCCGCUGUGACCGCUGCCCCCGCGGCAACAACCGAAGAGACAAAACCCGAAGCAGAAGUCGCUGCUGCCCCCGUGAAAGCCGUUGAGGAACCUGUCGUUGAAGCUGCUGUCGCAUCACCUGCCCAAGAAACAGCCCCCGUCAGCGCAGAAACGACCCCGGCCACCGAAACUGCCCCAGCACAGAAUGGUGAAUCGUCGGAGAAGGAAGUUGUCGUCCCGGCCGUUGUGGCUGAAGUCGCCGCCGUCGCUGUCGCUGCCCCGGAGCCAGAGAAGGUACCCGAACCGGUGAAGGAACCGGCGCCGGUCGUUGUUGAGGAAGUGGUCGCUGAACCGGUAGCCGUUGUUGAGGUAAACAAAGCAAACGAAGAACAGAGCCAGGCGGACGUUGUGCCACCGGCGGAAACUCCCGCUGUUCAAACCGAAACCAAACCCGAUACUAUUGUUGUUGAGCAAGAGAAACCAGUAACCGUAGAGAGCGACAAACCGACAGUGGAGGCGGCGGCGGCGACGGAGGUUGCACCGGAAGUUGCCAAAGUCGUUGCCGUUGAGACCGCUUCUGCUGCACCGGUUGUUGCCGAUCAUGGUGAUAGCACGCCUCCACCUCCUCUGCCCUCUAAUCCUCCUCCUUCCCAGGUGAUGGCAUUCGUAGAGGCUUCCAUGUCCCAGGGCACUAACGAGCCCGAACCAGAUUCCCUCAAUUCAGUCCCGGAACCAACUCCUUUGCCGGAACAGGAAGAGAAAAAACAAGACAAAGCAGAAGAACAGGUUGUUGUGGUAGAAGAACAAAAGAAGCAAGAAGAGCAGGUUAGUCCAGUUGAGCCAGUGGUUGUUGCUGAUCAACAGGUUAGUGUAGCUUCCGUUGAGGAACCAGCAGUUGAAAAGAUUGAAACCAAACCAGUCGAGAGUGUUCCUUCUCCAGCGGCUGUAGCGGAAACUCCUGCCGCCCCGGUUGUAGAGGAAAACAUCGUACAGAAAGUCGCUGAAGUCGUGCAAGCGACUCCAGACGUAACUGAAGUAAAGGAAGUCGUAACCGAAGUAGUGGAUCAAAUUUUGGAUAAGGCUGUCGACAAAGUGGACGCGACUGCAUCGGACGCUGCAGUUCAAGAAUCACCGAAAGAACAGCCAGCUACUGAGGCAGCUGUCGCGGUUACCGAACAGCCAAGCCCAGUCGAAUCAGCUCCGGUUACCGAGUCUCCCAAGAAGGAGGAAGCUGUACCAGAGCCGAAAGUAGAGGCUCCCGUAGCCGCAGAACCUGUGGUAGAACCCGUUGCACCAGAACCAGCUGCCGUUGAACCAGUUGCAACCGAACCAGCCGUCGUAGAACCUGUCGCUACAGAAGUUGCCGUACCCGAACCAAUUGUGGCGGAAUCAGCUAUUCCAGAGUCAGUCGCAGAUGAACCGGCGAUACCAGAACCCGUUGCGGUUGUUGAAGCGGUAGCUGCCACACCAGUGAUUCCGGAACCGGCUGCUGAACCAGUCGCCGCCCCAGUUGAAGUUGCCAAAGUAGAAGAAACAGUGGAAAAGGUCGCUGAACCUGCUCCCGUGACCGAAUCGAUCCCAGAAGCCGAUGAAGUAAGCAACACCACAGAUGAUCUACCGCCACCGCCACCACCAGCUGUCGAUGAUGAGCCAGUGCCAGAUUCGCUUCCCUCACCGCUGCCAACCAUCGCUGCCGCCGCUCCUGCCGGUGAAGCGACCGAUGAACAGAAUCUUUCCGUCGAUAUUUCCUCUCCACUCCCACAGAACUCGCUCGAAUCGCUUCCAUCACCGCCUACUCUGUCCCAAAGUGACGCCAUGAGCUUACCUCCCCCGCCAGAAUCCCCAUCGGCCACACUGACCUCGUUGGAAGCCACCGAACAAUCUCUUCCCGCUGCUCCCGCUUCCGAACUUCCCACGCCUCCAGAGUCCACACCACCAGCCACUGUCACCGAAUCGAAGCCCGUUCAGGAGGAAGCUAGCCCGUUGGUGUCGGAAGAAAAGCCAGUAGUAGAGCAAAAGCAAGAGACUGUGACUGCCGUGCCCGCUGCCGAAGUGACUGAAGUAGUGAUCCCAGCCGAACCGGUGGCAACUCAGGAAGUAGCACCAGCAGCAGUCGAACCAUCGGCAGUCGUGGAAAAGGUGGCGGUGGUCGAAGAACCAAGCAAGAAGGAGAAACAGGUCGUUGAACAAAAGGAACAGGAAGAGACGCCGGCAGCAGCGGUACCGGAAAAGCAGCAACCAGCCGAAACGGCGGAGCUGGUGGUCAAAAAGCAGCAGAACGGAACCGUUGAGAAUGGAACCACGGAAAAUGGCACGGUCGAGAAUGGACAGAAUGGCGUGCAUGAGACAUCCGCCACCGAGAGCCUGAAUGGAGACGGCGAACACAAAAAAGAGGAAAAAAUUCCAGAGAAAGCAGUUCAGCUUCAGCAGCCUCCACCAGCAGCAGAAAUAACAGCAGAAUAAAUUUAUUGAUUAUUACUAAUAAUAAAAUAAAAUGUAAUCGUAACAAAUAAAUACUUGAGCAGCAAUGAGACAAAAAAAAACAAACAAACAAACAAAACUUCAACAGAAACAACAACAAGAUAAAUGCAGAACAAUUACUUCGCGAUAGAAAAAAAAUCGGAGCAAAUACAUUUACAGCAAUGCAUCUGGCAACGCAAGCAUGAAACAAACACACCACACGAAAGCAUCAAAUCUAAAAUUUGCGACACCCGAAGCAAGUUGAAGGGAACUUUUUUACAUAUUUUUAAAAAAAACUUUAAAGUUACUUUAUAAUUAAUUUUAUAAAAAUAUUUAAAAACUCCAUAAGCACUUAAAAAAAAAUGAAGAAUAAAAACUACUAUAAAAGUACGGUUCAAAACGGUUUAAACGCUGGAUGAGAAGAUCGAAGGCGAGAACCAUCAUCACCGGAGCAUCGAAAACGAGCAACCCGUAUGUUGAUUGCUUGAGUGAGACGGGCAGAUCUUUUGUUUGUUAAGUUGUAAGGCACAGAAGAAGACACACCAAGCAGGUUUUUAAGUUUAGCGAAGCAAGGCUAGGAAACGAGGCCGAUGGAAAGUAAUUGGGGCUGCAAGCGAGCGCUGGCUGAGUUCAUUAUAUAUUACUACUGAAUGUCCAUAAUUGCAUUGUCCAUUUUUACAGCAUGGAGUAAAACGAGAGCGGAUAAGAAAGAUAUGAAUAAAAACAAUAAAAAAAAAAGAAAGAAUAAAUUUCAUUUUCCAUUAGGGAGAACAAAAAUCUUGGGAUAUUAUUACGAGAAGUAGGUGACCACGGUGCGAGCGUAGCAGUCACUAGACGAGAACAGAUCAAGUUUGAAGCAAACUUUAUCCACCGUCUAGCCGUUUGCCACGCAUCGCACUGUACAUAGGACGCAACCUUAUAAAUGUAAAAGGAUUACUAUUUAUAGUUUAAUUGAUAAUUGAUAAAUUAUCCUAUGAAGAUAAAAUUUUUUCGAAGAAAAAUGUAAACAUAAAUGUAAGUUCUUUUCUUUUAUCUUUGUUGUAAAUUCUAUUUCAAAGAAAGGAAGAUUGAAUAAAGAGACAACAAACAUUUUUUGCUGGUAGAAAAGAAAUUUUUCACGAUUCUCGCCGUAUACAAUUCAAAGUACAUCCAUAUUUAACCCAAAAAUUCAUCUAGUACAUGUCUUAAAACAAACACACACAUUCACGAGCAAAUAACUGUAGCGUAAAGAAAACAAACAAAAAAAAUACCCAUAAUAGCAGAUACAUUUGAACUUCCCGGUCCCGAUGCGCAGUGCACUCGAGAGACGUUCAGUCGUUUUACAAAAAAAAAAAAAAAUAGUGAGAAGCAAAAAGAGAACAGAUCCCGUUUUGGAACCGCAAAGGUUUUCAGCAAAUUUGUACUGUCUUUACAGCUCCUUCAUAGCAUUAUUAGAUAUACAGUUUUGAGGGGACUGAAACAACUUUUCUACGUCGCAUUUUACUCGGACGCAUGUUAAUCAAUCUAACAUAGAAAGAAAAACAACAUCCCACGAAAAUUUGCAACUCACAGACUGCCCGAGAAUUGUCGAAAAUUUUACACGCAUUAGCUACGAAGAAUACCUCCGUUUCGGGAUCAACAAAGAAAAGAAAAAAAAACAGCUGACCAGGAAAAGUUCACCGAACACACCACGCAGUACUGUCAAUUUUAAACGCGUAAAACAAAUAUAAAAUUGUAUUGAUUAUUCGGUUGUAUAGUUAAAGUACACUAAAUAUUGAACGAAUGUAUUUCAAAAAUGCAGUGUGUGUGAAACAAAACCAGGGACGAUGUGGGAGGUAUCUUUUAAAAUAAACAAACAAAAACAAAAAAGCAUUACGCCACCAGCUGGCACCCAAGCAGAAAAUGAAACACGAAAUUUAGAGACCGACGUAUCGGCAAGUUACGAAGCAUGUACUACAUAGAAUCCAUCGUUCAAAAUCGCAAGAAUCAAAAUAAACGAAAUAAAGUGGAAGACAUUAGAAAAAUUAAA